GGUUCUUUCGGUGUUCUUCAACAUUUUUCUUCUCAGCUGUGAAGCUUCAUCUGACCUCAUCGAAAGCGAAACCACACACGCACACAAACAAACACACAACGGUUUUGAACGUUCAUUUGAACCGCGUAUUCCAAAACAUCUUUUUUGCUUUCCGCUCUAUUUAUGAUGAUGGACGCUACUACGCUGAAGAACAAGGGCAACGAGGAGUUUUCUGCGGGCAAGUAUGUGGAGGCAGCGAACUCCUUCUCCAAGGCUAUUGAGCUGGAUGGGGCGAACAACGUUCUCUACAGUAAUCGCUCUGCGUGUUAUGCGGCGAUGCAGAAAUACAAGGAUGCACUGGACGAUGCGGACAAAUGCAUUUCUAUCAAGCCCGAUUGGGUCAAAGGCUACGUCCGCCGCGGCGCGGCUCUUCACGGUAUGCGUCGCUACGUAGACGCAAUUGCAGCGUAUGAGAAAGGACUGAAGGUGGAUCCCGCCAACAGUGGCUGCGCGCAGGGUGUGAAGGACGUCCAGGCUGCGAUGGCGCGUGAAUCUCGCGAUCCCAUUGCACGCGCCUUUACGCCAGAUGCGUUCCGCAAGAUCCAGGAAAACCCUAAGCUGUCGCUGCUGAUGCUGCAGCCCGACUACGUGAAAAUGAUCGACACCGUCGUUCGCGACCCUUCGCAGGGCAAGCUUUUCAUGGAGGACCAGCGCUUUGGCGUGACGCUGAUGUACCUCAGCGGCAUCCCGCUACCGACGGGGGAUGACGAGGAGGAAGAGACUCGCUCCUCGCCCAAGGCGGCAAAGCCGGCGGAAAUGCCGAAGAAGGAGGCUCCGCUUUCAGAGAACGAAAAGGAGGCGUUGGCGGCGAAGGAGGAGGGCAACAAGCUGUAUCUUUCCAAGAAGUUUGACGAGGCGCUGGCUAAGUACCAGGAGGCCCAGGAGAAGGACCCGAAAAACACCCUGUACAUUUUGAACGCCACCGCCGUGUACUUUGAGCAGGGCGACUACGACAAGUGCGCCGCGGAGUGCGAGCGCGGUGUCGAGCACGGCCGCGAAAACCGCUGCGACUACACGAUUAUUGGCAAGCUCAUGACGCGCCAAGCCUUUUGCCUGCAGAAGCAGAAGAAGUACACGGAGGCUAUCGAUCUCUACAAGCGCGCCCUCGUGGAAUGGCGCAACCCGGACACGUUGAAGAAGCUGACGGAGUGCGAGAGGGAGCACAAGAAGGCGAUCGAGGAGGCCUACAUGGACCCUGAAAUCGCCAAGCAGAAGAAGGACGAGGGCAACCAACUCUUCAAAGAAGACAAGUUUCCCGAAGCCGUAGCCGCGUACACGGAGGCCAUCAAGCGCAACCCGAAGGAACACACGUCCUACAGCAACCGCGCCGCAGCGUACCUGAAGCUGGGGGCCUUCAAUGACGCCCUCAAGGAUGCGGAGAAGUGCAUCGAGCUGAAGCCGGACUUCGUCAAGGGGUACGCACGCAAGGGUCACGCUUACUUCUGGACAAAGCAGUACAACCGCGCGCUGCAGGCGUACGAUGACGGUCUGAAGGUGGAUCCGAACAAUGCGGAUUGCAAGGACGGCCGCUACCGUACCAUGAUGAAGAUUCAGGAGAUGGCGACGGGGCAAUCCAGCGAUGGCGAUGAGGCCGCGCGCCGUGCCAUGGAUGAUCCUGAAAUUGCCUCCAUCAUGCAGGACAGCUACAUGCAGUUAGUGUUGCAGGAGAUGCAAAACGACCCCACGCGCAUUCAGGAGUACAUGAAGGAUCCUGGCAUUUCCGGGAAGAUCAACAAACUCAUCUCGGCGGGCAUUAUUCGUUUCGGUCAGUAG